CACCGCCAUCCGCAAUCAUCCUCUUCUUCUCCUGAUCAAUCAUGCUUUGAUCUCAGUGUUACUGAGCUGAUAGUUGCUCUUCUACCUCGACAACAUGGAUUGGGCGGCUCCGAAUCUGCCACAUACAAAUCCCAACACUUCGCCUCUCUCAUCAGGCCCCACCUCCGCCGUCAAUCUAGAUGCCAAACUCCAGCGAGAGUUGUCUCGUCUUGAUGAUUCCAUUCCAUUCAACCCACAAACCCGCUAUUUGCAUCAUACGUGGGCCCAGACAUUCUUCUCCCGACCAGAGCUAUACUUCCAACCUUCGACUGUUGCCGAGUUACAGAAAAUUGUGACUCUGGCGCGAAGAUGUCGCAAACGGCUUUGUGUGACGGGGUUUGGCCAUUCGCCAUCUGAUCUAACGUGUACCUCCUCCUGGCUCAUUAAUCUGGACAACUUAUCUCUCGUCCUCGAAAGGAAUGUCGAUGGCACUCCUGGUCUUAUUCGCUUCCAAGCCGGACUGUCGCUCCACAACCUCAAUCUUGCGCUGGCCGAAGAUGGCUAUACUCUCCCGAAUCUCGGAUCUAUUGAUGUUCAGUCUGUUGCGGGAGUCAUAUCAACCGGCACUCACGGUUCCAGCCUCAAGCAUGGUCUGCUAUCCGAGUCAAUAACAUCCCUGACCGUACUCUUGUCCAACUCUCAACUUGUCACAUGUUCCGCGACCAAGAACUCCGAGCUGUUUCGGGCGGCACUGCUAUCGCUCGGCUCGCUUGGCAUCAUUGUGGAAAUUACCAUGCAAGCUGUUCCUGACUUCAACAUCUCUUGGUCACAAUCCCUUCAUACGCUCUCGUCUGUGCUUGACUCGUGGGAUAAGGACCUGUGGACAGAGAAAGAAUUCACUCGGGUGUGGUGGCUACCAUAUAUGCACCAGGCAGUCAUCUGGCAAGGGUCUAAAACGGAAUCCCCUCUUCGUCCUCCCAACACUACCUUUUAUGGCGGCGCUCUUGGCUACUACAUCUACCACAACUUGCUGUGGCUGUCGAAUUCCUUUCCGCGGAUUCUCCCCUGGGUCGAAUGGUUCGUCUUCGGCAUGCAGUACGGCUUUAAGCCGGGCACUUUCACCAUGUCUGCUGUGCAACCGGCUCGCGAAGCUCUACUGAUGGACUGUUUGUAUUCACAAUUCGUGAACGAGUGGGCGCUUCCGCUGUCCAAGGGGCCUGAAGCCAUUCGCCGGUUGUCAGCCUGGAUCAACCAUGAUGACGCCACUGCGCGGAUCCCUGUCUCCAGCAAGGGCAUCUGGGUACACUGUCCAGUGGAAGUCCGUGUCACCCAUACAGGUCGGGACGAUACAAAUACCAAAUCUGUGGUACGGCCCUACCUCGACCCGACUGUUCCUGACGGACCGACCCUCUAUCUCAAUGCCACACUGUACCGGCCUUACGGCCAGGAUCCGCCCUGCCACGAGAGAUACUAUGAAGCCUUCGAGUACCUGAUGCGUGAAAUGGGCGCACGACCGCACUGGGCCAAAAACUUUGCCUACACGACUAGCGAUCACAUUGAUGCGAUGUAUGGGAAGGACAUGUCCGCUUUUCUGAGAAUUCGCGAUGAGAGUGACCCUGACGGCAUGUUCUUGGGUGAGUGGCACAAAAGAAAUCUCCCUCUCCAAGUUCAUGGACAAGGCGGACAAAAAGGCGCGAGUCUUGGCCUGAUGGAGGAAGAGUUGCGCCGAACAAGAAAGGGUCUUGGUUGGGGUUACGGAGAUGGGGUGCUCUGGGAAGGUAGAUUGGCUGCUUCAAAUUCGCAAGAUGAAGAAGCAAAAUCUACAACCUCCAUGAGCAAAGGCAGCGACGGGACACCGAGUCCUCCUGCCACAACGACGAGUGAAGAGUCUUUUGAUUAUAUGGCGAAAGGCGAGGCGAGUAUGUAUGCCACUGAUGGUGCGCAGCAGUGAGCAAAGGUGUCAGGGCCUCAAUGGCUUCUUUCCCGACACCUGCACUUUGCGCGGGUCUUGUUGCCCGCAGUUUCCUUCGUUUCUCUCCACUUCCUUGACAUGGGUGGCCCUGAAUCUUCUCCUGUUAUACGGAAGAAAUGCUUGUUAGAUCUCAUAUUAGCAAUCGCAUCUUAGAGUUCUUGUCUUA